AUUUGCAGACUAGGACUAUACAUGUCAGCACCACUACGACGUAGACAGCGAACAGAGUGAGGAAAUCCAUGCGGCUACAGAGAGACGAAACAACAGGUGUCUAUGGUACAAACUCACCACGAACAGUGCUCCACACAAUGCAAGAAGGCAUCACAAGACACCUGUUGGAUCUAGUUGCCGACAUGGCCCAGCACUCAUAUUACAGCUCGCAGUGCUGGAGAGGGGAGCAUUACUCUGGAGCUGUGCAUGGACAUCUAUGGAUGGUGUUUAAAAAGUCCUCAGCAUGCCGUCGUCCAACCAGGGCUGGCCUGAGGAGUUUGGCUUCCAGCUGGGUGGCAAUGGACCCAGCUACAUCCUGUCUGUGGAGGAGGGCAGCAGCGCCCACCUGGCGGGGUUGCAGGCUGGGGACCAAGUCCUGGAGAUCGAGGGCCACAACGUGUCAACGCUGGGUCCCCAAGCUGUCGUCGCCAUCGCCCAGACUCAGAAGAACAUCCCUCCCAGUAUUGGAGUGGUGUCCCGCAUACAGCAGAUGGACAUCAUACCAGGUCCGGACGGUCGUUUUGGGUUCACCAUCGUGGGAGACUGCCCCCUGUUGGUGGAGGACUGCUCGCCUUGCUCUCCAGCCGGCCGCGCAGGUCUGAGGGCCGGGGAUUACGUCAUGGAGGUCAACGGCAUCCCCGUCAGGCAGCACGAGACGGCUGCGGCGCUGAUCAAGGCCUCGCAGGGUAGGACGCUCCGUCUGGGGGUGCUGUGUCUCGGCCCAAGACAGAAACGCAGCGUCAGCAUGGAGGACAGUCAGAUGGGAGGAGAGGGGGCGAGACUGGACCGUAAACAUAAAGCUCUGGAGUUCAACAGGAGGAUUGAGCAGAUUUUAGGCGACGAACCCGAAGUGAAAGAGAAACUCUUCACUGUGCUGAAGCAGUAUGCAGCCGAGAAGAGAGUCGAGUGGCUGGCCUCGGUCCUGACCGACAUACUCACCACUGAUGAGCAUCGGCAGCUCAUCUCCAGCAUCAGAAUCUUCAUUCCCAAGAAGCACCGGCAGCGCUUCGACGAGGCCGUGUCCCAGAACGUGAUCAACCGGCUGUGUCGCAGCAAGAGCAUCAGCGAGCCGCAUGGCCGAAUCCGGCGCAGUCGGAGUGAGGAUCACUCCGAGCGCCACCACGGGUCCAAACGGGCCAGCUCAGUGCCCAGAGAUGGAGAACCCGGGGGGAGGGGGAACGGGGAGAGAGACCGGGGCUUAAGGAAGUCCGUCUCUGGGAUACCCGCACAUCCCCCCAUCGGACCCAAUCAGAGGAUAAUUCGUGUCUACCGAGGGAAGAAGAACUUUGGCUUCACGCUUCGAGGUCACGCCCCCGUCUGCAUCGACUCGGUUAUCCCAGAUAGCCCUGCUGAGGAAUGUGGACUGAAAACAGGCGACCGUAUCCUCUUUCUCAAUGGACUGGACAUGAGGAACUGUUCCCAUGAGAAGGUGGUGUCCAUGCUGCAGGGCAGUGGGGCAAUGCCCACUCUGGUGGUGGAGGAGGGUCCGUCUGAGUACUCCUCAGACCAAACCGACCCGGAGGAGUCUCCGAGCCUGGCCCCCACCACGUUACCGCGCUCCAGGUCCCCAGCCCUCAGUUCUCUGCAGUGGGUGGCAGAGAUUCUUCCGCCGAGCAUCAAAGUCCACGGGCGGACCUUCAGCCAGCAGCUGGAGCACCUGCUGACCAUCCAGGAGAGGUACACAGUCUGCAAGUCCCUGGAGACCUUCUUCCAGCACAGGAAUGUGGACACUCUGAUAGUAGACGUGUUUCCAGUGUUGGACACUCCGGCCAAACAGUUGAUCUGGCAGUUCAUCUCCCAGCUACUGACGUACGAUGAACAGGAGCGCUGCCAGGGCAAGCUGUCACGCUUCCUGGGUUUCAAGAGCAGUGCCGCGUUGGAGCCUGACGUAGGCCCGGAGCACCACCGGCGGAGCAGCUCCAUGCGCGUGACGGGGUCGUCCUAUCGCGGCAUGGUCCGAGAGAGGAGCUCUGACGACUGCAUCAUCGGGACUCACCUGGGAAUGGGAAUUCAUGUGGAUGAAUCCGGGAGCCCGGAGGAGAGGCAGUCAGGAGAUGGAACCUCCUUCCCCGAGUCCCCUGACCUCAAUCAUAUGACAGGGGUGUACACGGAGCUGGAGAACGUGUACGCGGGGAAGAGUGUGUCACCACUGCGGGGGGGCUCCUCAGCAGAGCCCGAGAGGCCGGGACAGACUGAGGCCUACGGGCGCUCUCUCUCCCCCCUCACACUCCCCCCUCUAACAGGUAGCCGUAAAUCCGGCCUGUCCCUGUCCUGGAAAGAGCCUCUCCCCACUCCUGUGUAUGAGAUCCACCACCAGAGCAGCGUGGACUCCAACCCUUACGUCAGCCUGGAAAGCCCCCCCGCCUCCCCUCAGCCCUCGGACGGCGGCCCCAACACGCUGACCCGCCGCAAGAAGCUGUUCACCUUUUCCCGCCCGCCUCGCAGCCGGGACACAGACAAGUUCCUGGACUCUCUGAGCGAGCAGCUGGGCCACCGGGUCACUCUGGUGGAUGACUUUGUACACGGAGAGAAUGACUAUGAGGAGGUGAGGAAGACCCGCCUCCAAUCUACUGCAUCCUCAGCUAUAUAUCAAGGUGGUUGUCUUGGUUUCAGAAGAAGAGGGAUGCCUAUGAGUUUCCAGGAGGAGCAGGACAUGGGCUUCGUGCCCCGGCGCCUCAGCAGCGGCAGCAGCGAGGAUCACAGUAGCAGCGACGAGGCCUCCUCUCCCUGCUACUCCUCAGGAUCGGAACUCAUCCCGCCACCUCCCACCCAGAGCCCCCCGCCUCCCCCACCUUUCCAGUCUCUGAUACCGCCCCCUGUUCAAUUCACUGACCCCGUGCCGCCAGUCCGCUUCUCCCCUGAGCACGUCCCCCGCAGCCGGAUGCCCUUCCAGCCGCAGCACCCCAUCAUCCCUCCUCCGCCGCCCCCCCCGAGGACCCUCCUGUCCAACCGCUCUCCUCUACACAAAGUGCUCCCCGCCAGAGAAGAAGCUCAUCAGCGCUUCCACACGACCAUCACCACCACCACCACCCGCCUCUCGCACGGCCACAGCGCCCUGGGCUCCAGCGCCCUGGGCUCCAGCGCCCUGGGCUCCAGCGCCCUGGGCUCCAGCGCCCUGGGCUCCAGCACCCUGCGCUCCUCCCAGCCGUCCCGCCCCUGCUACCUCCCCCGGCAGUUCAGUCAGCCCCAGCCUAUCCUGCAGCCGUCCCCCCAGCCCUCCCCUCAGCCGCUGAGACCGAGCCAGCUCGUCCUCCAGAGGCACCACCAGCUCCACCACCAACACAGCUAUCAGGGCCCGCUGCCGCCUUCCCUCCAGGAUCACAGCUCGUCCCACUGUCCGAGCCAAGGCCCCGGGGGCUCCCCGCUGCACUCCAAGCCUCCGGCCUCUUACUCCACCCUCCCCAGUCACACUAAAACCUAUGAAACCCCAAAGCAGGAACAGCAGACACAGCAGGCCGCUCCGCCCCCACCUCCACCUCUGCCCCCACCCUGUGACCCGCCUCCGCUUCCCAAGUCGGACCACCACGCCUCGGACACCAACCACAUGAGUGUGAAGAGGCUGCGCUGGGAGCAGGUGGAGAACUCCGAGGGAACCAUCUGGGGUCAGCUCGGAGAGGACUCAGACUACGACAAGCUCACUGACAUGGUGAAGUUCUUGGACCUCGAUCUUCACUUCGGGACUCAACGGCGAUCUAUCUCUCCUCCAGAGCCAACCUUCUUGCCAGAGAACUUUAAAAAGAAAGACGUGGUGGAGAUUCUCUCUCAUAAGAAAGCCUACAACGCCUCCAUCCUCAUCGCCCAUCUGAAGCUCUCCACCGCCGAGCUGCGUCAGAUCUUGUUGAACAUGACGACCGAGCGGCUGGAGCCCGCUCACAUCAAGCAGCUGCUGCUCUACGCCCCGGACGACGACGAGGUCAAACAGUUUGAGACGUUUGAACAGGAUCCGGCCAAACUCAGCGAGCCCGACCAGUUCAUUUUCCAGAUGUUGACGGUGCCCGAGUAUAAAACCCGUCUGCGGAGCCUCCACUUCAAGACCACCCUGCAGGAGAGGACGGAGGAGAUGAAGGUCGCGUACGAUUACAUCUACAAGGCUUCGGUGGAGCUCAAGAGCAGCAAGAAACUGGCCAAAAUACUGGAGUUUGUACUUGCAAUGGGGAACUACCUUAACAAUGGUCAGCCCAAGAGCCACCGGACAACCAGUUUUAAAAUCAACUUCCUAACCGAGUUAAGCACGACCAAAACGGUAGACGGGAAAUCCACCUUUCUGCACAUUCUGGCCAAGUCUCUGUGCGAACACUUCCCCGAGCUGCUCAACUUCUCCAGAGACCUGACAACAGUGCCUCUGGCAGCCAAGGUGAACCAAAGGGCCAUCACAGCAGAGCUGAGUGAUCUGCACUCCACCAUCCUGGACAUCAGGAAGGCCUGUCUUAAGAUCCCGCCCACCUCCGAGGACCACUUUGCCUCCGUCAUGAGCAGCUUUUUGGAGAACAGCCACCCUGCAAUCCAGUCUCUGGAGUCCCUGCAGACCCGAGCCAUGGAGGAGUUCUCCAAGGUGGCCUCUUUCUUCGGAGAGGACAGCAAGUCCGCCAACACGGAGUCCUUCUUCGGCAUCUUUGCGGAGUUCAUGUGCAAGUUUGAGAGAGCUCUCAGCGAGACCCAGACUCCAGAAAACCCCAGAAGCCCCAGACUAUCUUCCCCUCUGGCCUGGUAGAAGCAAGAACCGCGGGCGGACGUCGGGCCAAACCGACAGGCCGGUCGGCUCCAUUUUCACUCUGCUCUCCACAACCAAAGUGCCAAGAUCACACACAGAGACACUCGGACCAACGGGAACAGAGACCACGUCAUCUAUAGCAAACAGAAUGGAAAUGCACUGUAUCUAUUUGUAGAUUAUCACGGCUAGUGAGUGCCCCGUGUGCUACAUUACUGUAACUUCAGGUGCUGGGUAGAGCCGGCUUUACAUGAUGGACAUCUUUUUAGCACAAACAUUACACAGCAGGAAGAAAAAGAUACAUUACAGAAACCAUCCAUAUACAUUUCAUUGCUCCGGUGCAUUACAAUGAGAUGUAAGUCGUGAAAUCAACUGGUCUGGAUAUUUAGAUUACUUGCUAUGUUUAAUACAUGACUAUAUAAAGUUUAUAUUUUCUAUCAGAUCAUAUUUGAAAAUUGUAAAGAUUAAGCGUAUAUGUAGACAGACGACAGUUAUCUAGAAGCAAGGUGAUUCACAAGUGUAGUUUAGUUAGCGUGUACAGAGCCAGAGAGUUCAUACAGUAGUGCGCUCACUGCCUCCCAUACAGCACAAAAGAAAAAGUAGAUAUCCGAGUUUUUUCCAACAUUGCUGGUCUGGACUUACAGAUGUGGUCAUUUAACCUACUGUGAAUUUAAAGGGCAUCUAUUAUGGGAGUUAUAAUAAAACAACAAAGAUAAUAGUUUCCAUCUCCAUAUACAGGGAGAUAAAGUCAUCCACAACCAGCUCUGGUUCACCUUUGUCCUUUUGAAAAUUACAUUUCUAAAUUCUCUUUGUCGAUCAGUCAGUCAGUCAUUUCUACGGAAGUAAAAAAAAAAAAAAUGCCGUUAAGAUUUAGACUCGAGUCAUCACAGCCCAACUGGACUCGAUCCUGAUCAUACACAGCCCCUGAAAUCUGUCCAAUCAGGCCAGUUUGCAGCGCAUCAACUGGACAGCCUUUAAAUAAUAAGCUUGAGUCAGCAUCAGCGUUGUCAUUUUUCUGCCUGCGAGGACUCUAAAUUUAUCCGAUAGCACAUAUUUAUUUGCAAAACAUCAUUUAGAACACAUUUCACAGUAAGGCAACACUGACUACAUCAGCACAUGGUGACAUGUGGCUUAGACAUCAUCUGUUUAAUAGACCGUGUGGGUGGAACGCCUUGUUUUAGUCAGUACAGAAAGUUGAGAGGCAGCUGAGCCGUUUGCUUCUGCUAAUAGCUCUGCACUUUGUCACGUAUCUCUCGAGUGUUGUGAACGCAGCCCGGCUUCAGCAAGUGUGUGGCUGCUGAAUGAAUGAAUGUCAAAUGCAUGUAGGGAGAAAAAAAAUAAAACGUCCUACUGUAAAUGGUCAUUUCCUGCUUUUCCAGUCGUCAUGGUGAUCUGACUCAUCUACAGUACAGUGUACCUGUAGCUGUGUUGCUAUUUGUCAAUUAACUAUUGUUGAGAUUGUACAUUGUUACAGUUUUUUGCUAUGCACUGCUCGUCAUUUUUUUUGUAUCGUAUGCUUGUGUGUCCUACAAGUCCUAGUUUAUUUUCCUAUUCAGGAGUGUCAUCAGGAAAUGUACCAUUUUAUUUAUUCUUUAUGCACAGCUUUAGUCAGGCUUACGAGGUGACUGAUCUCGUAAAAAUGCAAUUCUAGGCUGCUACUAGUGUAGUAACGGUGUUUUUUUUGUCCAAUCGAUUGCAUGUUGGUGCGGUUCAUGUAUUAAGAUGUGCAGCUGGUAGCAUUACCCCUCCCUGGAUAUUUAGGUUUAAAAUAAAUACAGUUCUGUUGGUCUAGUUAGGUUUGCGUAUCAGUUGCCUACAGGCUCCCUUUUAUAUUCGUUUUAUAUGUUUUCAUGGGAAGUUACUCAUGUUUGGAAAUUGUUUGACCUUUCAUGUUUUGUUCAAUGCUUUCAAACGAAGGCUAUGUUUUUGAUCU